UAAUCGAACAGUCAGCUGCACAAAAACAAUCACAAAAACACGUAAAUAUCAAGAAACUUGUAGACAAGAAAGCCAGAUUUAAGUUAAAUCUAUUUUAAAUACACUUGCUUUUAUUUUAUUUUAAAAUGGAUGCUGAAAAAUCUUCAUUAAGUACCUCUUCUCUUAUAGAUUUAAAAGCAGAACUUCAGAAAAAAUAUGAUUCCUUCAGAAGUUUGAAAGUCAAACAAAAAGCAAGUCAGUUAACAAAGGUCACUCCUUUAAAAAAUAAGGGUGAAAUAGUGAAAGAAAAAAAAGUUAAGCAACAAGAACCAGCAGAGCCAAAAAUUGAUAAUGAAGAUCUUGAGUUGAAAAAAUCAAGGUUAGCUUUGGAAGCUAAAGCAAAGCUUUAUGAAAAGAUAGUGUCUAAUAAAAUUCUUCUUGAUGAAGAACAAAAGGAUAACUAUUUAGUUGACUUUGAAAGGAAAGAGCUUUAUAACCCAAUAGAAAGUGGUAGCAAUGAGACUAAAGAUCCACAUAUUGAUUCUUCCAACCAUGAUUCAAAUAGGAAUUACUAUGAACAAAGUAUGAAACCAGAAAGAGUUGCUGUUUCAGAUAAUUCAAAAAGUCAACUCACAGAAGACCCUGAUCAACCAAUACAUUACCAAAAUGUUCAAUAUAAUGAAAUUAGAGACCAUGGUACAGGAUAUUUUGCUUUUUCUGAAGAAGAAGAGAAGAGAAAAGAACAGAUGGAAGAAUUAAAUUCUAUGAGACAAGAAACUGGAGAACAAAGGUUAAAGAAUGAAAGACUACAGAAAAAAAGAAGAGCUUUGAUACAAGCUCGUUUGACAAAAAUAUGUGAAAGAAGAAACAUUGAUGUCUCUGUUGUGAAAACCUAUACAGAAGAAUCGGAAACAAAUGAAGACUUGGAAGCUUCUAAAGAGGAAAAAAUUGAUCUCUCUGAAAUACCACUACCAGAAAUUAAACAAGACUCAGAGACAUUGGAAGAUCCAACUGUAAAAAAGGGACCUAAAAUUCGACCUUGGGAUAUGGGAAAAGAUAAUUUGCAAUAUUAUAUUUCUCAAAAGAAGAUUAAAACCCAAAAUCAGUGGAUUGAAGAAAAGAGAGAAGAACGACCCACGGAGUUUGCCCCUCCUACAUUUUACAGAUAGCAUGUCAUAACUUUCUCUUAUAUAUUGUACAUAUCUAUAGAUAAAAAUAAACACGUAUAAAUACAA